GAGGGAGGCCCCGGCUCUCCGCGCCCCGCCCCGCGCUCUCCCCCGCCCCCCUGCGCCGGCCGCUGCCGUUGGGAGCCGAGAGCGGAGCCACUCGCUGGUCCCGCGCCGCCGCCUGCGCCAUGAGCUUCUUGUUUGGUAGUCGCUCUUCUAAAACCUUUAAACCAAAGAAAAACAUUCCGGAGGGGUCUCACCAGUAUGAGCUGUUAAAACAUGCAGAAGCCACGCUUGGAAGUGGUAAUCUCCGGAUGGCCGUUAUGCUGCCAGAGGGUGAAGAUUUAAAUGAAUGGGUCGCAGUUAAUACCGUGGACUUCUUCAACCAGAUCAAUAUGCUUUAUGGUACUAUUACAGACUUCUGUACAGAAGAGAGCUGCCCAGUGAUGUCAGCUGGUCCAAAAUACGAGUAUCACUGGGCAGAUGGGACAAACAUAAAGAAACCAAUCAAGUGCUCAGCACCAAAGUACAUUGAUUACCUGAUGACUUGGGUCCAGGAUCAGCUGGAUGACGAAACACUAUUUCCAUCCAAAAUAGGUGUUCCUUUCCCAAAGAACUUCAUGUCAGUGGCAAAGACCAUUCUAAAGCGUCUCUUUAGAGUUUAUGCUCACAUUUACCACCAGCACUUUGAUCCAGUAAUCCAGCUGCAAGAAGAGGCACAUCUUAACACAUCCUUCAAGCACUUUAUUUUUUUUGUUCAGGAAUUCAACCUUAUUGACAGAAGAGAACUGGCUCCACUUCAAGAACUGAUUGAAAAACUGACCUCUAAGGAUAGAUAAAAGGAAGUGGAUUUGUGGAAAUGGCAAGCGUGUGGUAUUUCUGGUGUUUUUGUUUGUUUGUUUUGUUCUCUUUUGAAAACAAAACAAAAUCUUGUUCUGUUCUUACAGGCAGCCAAGAUCCAUUCUUUGUGCUUUUAUUAGGGGAAAUCUUUGUCUUUUAGUGACAUGCAGUAAAUGGCUUUUUUUUC